GGCCAUGCCUCAGGAGUGAGCGUGGCUGCUGCUGUGAGAGGCCCCAGAAUGGCAGCGGGAAGGUCAGGGGAGCGUCCAGCCCUGAACAGGGAUCAGUGCUGCCUUUGCUGUGUCAUGCGGCCACCUAAUCCCCAGCUGGCGGCGGGCACGGGGCAGCAGCACGCAGCUCUCCUUCCCUUACCCAUGUGUGAUGGGCCUGGGGGCUCAACCUUGCCACCAAACAGGGAUGAAGCGGCCGCAGUGCCCCUGCUUGGAGGCAGGCUGAGAGCCAGGAGGGGCACGGAGACACCGGGCAGGACAUGGCUCAGGGCUCUGCAGGAUUUUGGGUGCCCACCCGCUGCUCUCUCCCCACAGGCGGUGCCCCUGGGCAUGGGGCUGGUGCUGGCGCUGUGGACCUGGCUGGUGCUGGGGACUGCCAGUGGGGAGAGCCCCGUGCCCACGGCCCUGGCAGGCGCGCAGCCCUUCGCCGUGCUCUGGAACAUCCCCAGCAGCCGCUGCCAGCGCCGCUUUGGUGUGGGGCUGCCCCUGGCCGACUACGGCAUCGUGGAGAAUGAGGGCGGCCGCUUUGCAGGGCAGAACAUCACCAUCUUCUACAAGAACAAGUUUGGGCUGUACCCCUACAUCUCCCCGCAGGGUGACCUGCACAAUGGCGGCAUCCCACAGCGGGCGCCGCUCCGGGCCCACCUGGCGCGGGUUGCGGGUGACGUGCGGCUGCACCUGCGCCCCUCCUUCAGCGGCCUGGCUGUGCUGGACUGGGAGGAAUGGCGGCCACUGUGGGCCCGGAACUGGGGGCCCAAGCGCAUCUACCAGCUGGCAUCGCAGCAAUGGGCGCAGGAGCGGGGUGGGGGGCGGCGGCAGGCCCGGCGGGCCUUCGAGCGGGCAGCGCGGGCACUGAUGGAGCAGACACUGCGACUGAGCCGCAGCCUGCGCCCAGCCGGACUCUGGGGCUUCUAUCGCUUCCCCGACUGCUUCAACGGUGACUGGAACAAGGGGCUCAACUACACGGGGCGCUGCCGGCCGGCUGAGGUGCGGCGCAACGACCGCCUGCGCUGGCUGUGGGCCGCCUCGGCCGCGCUCUACCCCAGCAUCUACCUGCCGCCGCUGCUGCCGCCCGGCCUGCGCCGCCGCUACGUGCACCACCGGCUGCGCGAGGCCCUGCGCCUGGCCGCCGGCCGCCUGCCCGUUGUGGCCUACUCACGGCUCUCCUACCGCCGCUCGCCCCGCUUCCUGGAGCCGGCUGACCUGGAGCACACCAUUGGGGAGAGCGCGGCACUGGGGGUGGCCGGAGUGGUGCUGUGGGGUGACAUGUCGUAUUCCCACUCGGCUGAGAGCUGCAGCAGCCUUCGCCACUACCUCGUGUCCACCCUGGGGCCCUACGUGGCCAACGUGACAGCAGCCGCGCAGACGUGCAGCUUGGAGCAGUGCCACGGGCACGGGCGCUGUGUGCGGCGGCAGCCCCAGGAGCUGAGCAUCCUGCUGCACCUGGGGGCAGGCUCCUGGGCACCCUUCCGCUGCCACUGCUACCGGGGUUGGGCAGGCCAGGACUGCACACAGCCGGAGCCACGGAGCCCCACUGCCUGCCCCACACCCACCCACAGCCUCUAUGGGCACCACAGCCCCCAGGCCCCUGACACCUGCCCACGGCGCAGCAGCUGGGGCUGGUGAAUGGAGCUGGGGGCUGCUGUGCCAGCAUGGGUUUGUCCUGUGCUCAUUAAUUUAAAUAAACCAUCCUGCUGCAGCUA